AUGUUGGAUCCUGAACCCCCAAGAAAACAAAGAUCAACGCAAACCGAAGAGAAAAUGUUUUGUGAUGCAUCCACACAGACAGUAAAGGAGGUUGACACAAGAAAAACUCAGAAGACUAAAGUAAUUUCUUAUGAGGUGUGCAAGUCAGAUGAUAGAUUUCAGUUUUUCACUGGACUUAGUAUUGAUGAUUUUGAAGCCCUGUUCAAUCUUAUUGGUGGUGAUGAUGCUAUCAGAUCUCUGAAACUGAAGUAUAGUGAUACCACACCUACUAAAACAAUUCAGUCAACUCUGACAAGUAGAGACAGAUUAUUUAUGAUGUUACUUAGGCUCAGACGGGGAUACCCUGGCGAAGAACUGGGCUUUCUCUUUGGCAUUGAUCCAUCAUAUGCUUAUCGUAUUUGCUAUGCAAUGACUCAACUUGUCUACCUGACUUUCAAAUCAAUGCAGAAGAUCAUGUUUGUAUCAGCUGCACACCAGAGAAAAGGUCAGCCAAAGGUUAUGAAGCCUUUCAAGAAUUUAAGAGUAAUAUUGGAUGGAAUGUCCAUAUUCCUUCAGACUCCCUCAAAUUUCCAGCAGCAGGGGAACACUUAUUCCAACUACAAGAAAGAUAAUGUGCUCCUCGUUGCUGUUGGAAUCUCCUCACAUGGAGCUACAAUAUUUUGCUCUGAUGCGUAUGAAGGCACCACAUCUGAUAAAGAAAGUAUUAUGAAGAGUGGACUCCUGGACAUGCUAGAUAAAGGUGAUGGUGUUAUGACAGACAGAGGAUACGAGCUCACAGCAGAAUUGCAGGCAAAGGGCUGUCACUUCUACAAACCGCCUUCUCUUGGAGACAGGAAAACCUUCACUGAAGAAGAAGAAACAUUGACCAAGGCCAUUGCGGCAGCAAGAAUAUAUGUAGAACAUGCCAUUGCGGAUAUAAAGGACUGGAAAAUUUUGCAAGGCGUUGUCCCUAUCAAUAUGAUUUCUCAGUGGUCAAAUAUUAUAUACGUUGUAGCGUUCCUCAGAAACUUUAACCCUAAUAGAAUUCAUAAUAAAAAAUUUUCCCGUAGAAACCCAGAAGAAGAUGAAUUCAUGUAGAUGAGUGCAGGAAUGUGUGUUUCUUAAAUUGAACAAAUUGU